AUGACUAUAACCGCGCACACUGAUUAUUUAAUGCCUUCAAAAAAGCAUACCCGCAGAAAAAAAACUAAUGGGCACUUCUCUUCUACUUACAAGAAUGACGAGCUUACUUCUUCCGUUAACGUUUCGGAAAUACCAAAUACUUAUAAUGAUAACGUGUUGUACAAUCAACAAAGCUUACAACCCAGGGUUUCCAUGAAGCUCCGUGAAUCUGGUAGACUCAGAGAUCGUUUACCUAAUGCUACCCAAGGAGAUGGUACCGUUCGCAAAAGUAUUGGAUUAAAUGAUAUUAGUCUCUCUCCCAAUGCCGGUAUUAUUGAAAGCGCAAGUAAAGGUUCUAAUGAAGUUUACCCACAGGGCUCCUAUAAUAAUUUAGGCCAAAAAGAAGAUGAAAUCUGCAGUCCACUUGCUUUGAGUCAUAAGCAGCGACGCCCCCCUCACAGUUAUGCAUCUCUUAUAGCUAAAAGCAUUGUGUCAUCUCCUUAUAAGUUUCAAACGCUGUCUGGUAUUUAUGAGUGGAUAUCCAACAAUUUUCCAUAUUAUAGAAACUGUGGGUCGAGCAGUUGGAAGAACUGUAUCAGGCAUAACCUUUCUUUAAACAAAUGUUUUUUAAAGUCAAAAAAACUUAGCCCUGGUAAUAAAGUUACCGUUUAUUGGAGCAUUAAUCCCGACUCUUUGUACCAUUUUACUAAGGAGGGGGACUACAUCAACAACAGAAAGCUUAAGAAAUCUAAAGCUUUGGAAGGGGGGACUUUUCUUCUUCCUGGAAUUGGUUAUAAAGUUCCAAUUAACCCCGCAAAAGUAAAUAGUUUAGUUCCUGCUGACAAAAAUAUUAAAGAUCAUGAUAAAGCGUUGAACGAUGCAUAUUUUUCGCAAAGACAAGACCAUUUUCUUCCUCUCCCCCUCGCAGGACAAAUAUAUCUUCAACCACCUACUUAUUGCAAUUUAAAUUCUGGGCGCCAAUCUCAACCCAUUAAUCAAGCUCCUUAUCUAAUAAAUGCUUCUAAGCUUAAUCAAAAUACCCCAAUUCAACAGGGCUAUUCUUUACCUUACCAGUCGACACUUGUUAAUCAAUACCAAUCGGCACUGCAACCUCGCUUUUUAACAAAUGAUGAACGACCUCAAGCCCCCUUAUAUCCACGCCAACCUCAAUUUUCUCAACGCACUCAGAAUUUACAGAACUAUGAUAAAACCAAUGUUACUCCAAAUCGGCACUCUCCUCAACCUUUAGUUUUUCACCAGUAUUCUUUUCAACGGCCUGAGCAUUCUAAUGAUGCUCCUUGUCAGGCUAAAUAUUCGUUUGGUAAAACUGAUACACCUAUACAAAAAGAUUUUAUAAACCAAAACCCCCCUCAAGAUGGAGAGGACGGCCAUGAGAAUCCUUCUAUAAGUCAGAACACCUCAUUUCAGUCAAUAAAGCCCAUUUCUACAAGCUCAACGUAUAUACAGAUAGGGGGGUAUAACCAAUAUAAUAAUCAACCUUAUUUAUCUUAUAAGAACGAAUCCGGAGUUCCAACCACUUAUGAAACUACACAAACGCCUCAAUUAUUGCAAUCGUCCCAAUCCUCAAUGCCAAUGCAACGUCAGCCUUCUGCUAUGAAUCAACUUUUGGGCCGGCGACCUGAAGAGUAUAUGCUUAAUUCCCAACAGCAAAGUUUUGCCUCGUCUCCUUUACAAUUGCAGCAAACUCACUUUGAGCUUUCUUCUCAGUUGCAGAAUUAUCCAAAUCAGUGGAGUUACUCGCAACAACAAAAUUCUAACUAUUCUUCUUCUUUUAAGAUACAAAAUUCGCAUUCUAUUAAUAGAGUUUCCCCGAAUAAUUCGAUAGAUCUUUUAAACUCUAAAACGGAUAAUUUAUUAAAUGGGUUUAUGUAA